AUGGCUCCCCAACUAUUUCCCAAGAACCCAUCCGAGGUGAUGGUAAUCCGCAAUGUGACUUCGGACGUGAUAACCAUGAGUUUGCCAUUCGCGAGAUUUGGACAUUUAAAGUUCGGCGGACGAGGAACUCUAGUCAAGUUGGCAUCCGGCGCUAUCGCUGUGUUCUCCCCUGUUUCCCUUACGCCGGAGGUCCGUGAAGCCGUCUCAAGUCUAGGCGGUCAUCUCAAGUACAUCGCAGCACCGGACCUCGAGCACCAUAUCAAUAUCACAUCGUGGAAAGAGGCGUACCCAGACGCCGAAAUAAUCGCGCCCGAAGGCCUCUACGAGAAGCGGCAAUCCAAUCCUGAAUACAAGGAUGCGCCGUUCCAACACGUGUUCCGCAAGGAGAACCAUGGCCAGCAGAAAAUCUCCGAAGAGUUUGACUCAGAGUUUGAGACCGAAUACGUGUACGGACAUCCGUCACGGGAGCUCGUGUUUCUGCAUAAGCGAUCGCGCACGCUCAUCGAGGCGGAUCUCUUAUUUAAUCUACCCGCAAGGGAGCAGUAUUCGAAGACAGGUGAAAGCGCCACUUCGGGGCUCCUUACCAAGAUUAUCAGCCCGUUGCUGUCGACUAAUGCGCCUGCAACAUGGCAGAAGAGGUUUGUGUGGUAUAUACUAUCGAGUGGCGACCGGAAGGCGUUUAAUGAAUCAGUACGGCGCAUUGAUAAGUGGGAUUUUAAUCGGCUGAUUCCCUGCCACGGAGAUGUGGUUGAGAGUGGGGCUAAGGGAGUAUUCCGGACAGUGAUGGAAUGGCAUUUGGAAGGGAGAAAGAAUAUCUGA